GAAUCCGACGAUGAACGAGCACAAAAUGACGGAGCGGACAUUCUUCCGCGCGUUUCUCGUCCGAAUGCGAGGCGGGAAGAAGAUGAAAAUGUACCGAUCGACGAUCAGGCAAGUGAUUAUCAAGAUGCUCGCCGUAGCGAAAAUGUUGACUGCGACCAGCUCCAUGUGAGCGUGGUAAAACGCGGACGGAUAAUUGUUCUUCAUGCCAUAACCCAGCCUGACAACUGAAAUCGGACACGUUCGCAAUUGUAGUAUGAACGUUCUCUUUUAACGAUUGCAUCGUAGUACGUACAUAUGGGUAUCCAAGAUACUAAAACACCGACGUGCGCAAGAGCUAGUCCUUUGAGAUACAUAUAAGCGAUUCCACGGAACAACGGCGUGGACAACACUACCAAUAUCAAAAUAUUUCCGAAAAGGCCGCUAGCCACAAUCGUCGGGACUACUACCCUAUAAAUGAUUUUCAAGAAAGACGAGGCUUCGUGGAGACUGUUUCUAUUCUGAUGAUCGAUUGCGUCGGCGGUGUCGUUCCACGUAAAAUUCUCAUCCUCGCAGCACAGGAGAGUUCUAAAACAUUGAACUACGUUGGAGGCCAUGCGGGAGGAAAUUGUAAAGCCGCAGCACACUGUUAAUUAUUCGAGAGAUACUUGGUUCGAGAGUAAUCACUCUUUUCAAAAAACGUACCCUUUCAGAACUCCUGUUAGCAUAAUGAGCGCGUAUAAAAAAAAGAAACGGUCGAAUCGAUAUUGGAAAUCGCAACGAAAUUUUAUGGUUUCGCGAGUAUAACUUGGUUUACGUGUGGUGGUCAGUAUAUUGUUUAUCUCGCGUGUUUUGCCGCCCUCAUUGAUAAUCACUUCAGCCGUAAGCGCGUGGCGGGUGCACAACAAGUUCUGCGAGAUCCAUCUCCGAUGAACACACCACCGGGUUUCCCGUGAAAAAGCCGAUAUCGCGCAUGCUCCCGCCUCGGUUGACUUAUUGUUGUACCCUGAAGUAUAUUUACUUGAACAUUAUAAUUAUAUUCUGGCGCCCUUCGCCCGGCUAACUCGAUUAAAGAUGCAAUAAAAGCUCGGCCCAGGGUAAACUAAUAAAUUUGCGGAGACCAUGCCACGCCGGGGCACUAUGCGUACAGCGGGACGACUGAUAAUUGAGACGGACGACACGGAAUAUUCGAAAAUAUCGUCCCAUCGAGAUAAAGCGGUCUCAUGGAAGAAAACUGUAAAUUGGUUGUAUACCUUCACUUUCUCCGCGCUAUUUUCUGAAAAGGACGUCUGGUUAAUAGAUGAGCUAUAGAUUGCUAAAUAUUAAGUCUUAAGUGGGGUCGACCGGUAUAAAAUCACAGUGACACAGCUCCUCCUCUGCUCGGCUCUUAAUUUGGAAGCAAUUCACGCCACCGGCUGGUUCUAAUGAAAAUCCAGUCAUCAUGAAGCCAAUCGCGCUAGGAUGCAUCUUUUGGACAGUGCAAUUCGUCAACAUCUACAUCGUUGCGUCAAGGACCCUAGGAUCGGAUGAUUCCUGCCCUUGUGUUCCUUCCACCAAGUGUUCAGUUGAUGUUCAGCUUGUCGUCGAUAAGCAAGUGUUGAUAUUGCCUUGUGAAAGCAGGGAUUUAGUAAGAUGUUGUUCAACGGUUCCGAGAUCGAUAGAAUCGGCGCGUGCGAUCGUAUCUCCAUGGGAUUCGAAGAACACGCUAUCGCAAACGUACGAAACAGAAACAGUUUCAACUGAAUUAAACAUCCCGACGCAUAUUGAGGACAGCGUUGAAGAGGAUGAAACGACCGAGUCGCGGACCAACGUGCCUUUCCUCGAAGUAUCCACUUGGGACAUACCAGUGAAUAUCCAUGAAGCUGAAGGCCUUAAUGACGAGGAUAAGAAUGCGGAUGAAAGUAAAACUGCUACUUCUGCUAAUUCAACUGACGAGUCCACAGAGAUGACGCAAAACGUACAAGAUGGUAUGGGCACUACAGAUGUAAACCAGGUGCCGUUGCAUCAUCCGAGAACGGAAUCGCCUCCAGCGUCAAGGCUUGUUGAAAUACAGAAAAAGAAAUUGUCGAAUUCUCGGAGAACUGUUAGCUCCACAGCUUCAAAAGAUGUGAAGCAAGGUCUUCAAAUAACGAAGAAAGGUCGAUUGGCAUCGCCGGUUCAACUGUUUCAGCUGGACGAAGGGGAACCGUAUGUAGAAGACCUGAUUCGUGAAGUGAGAGUGUUUGAAAGUCGUAGAACAGCACCGAGGCGACCGGAUCUGCUUCUAAAUACCGCAAGAAGAAUAAACUUCGUCACUUCGAAAGCGGUAGUUUUGAACAAAAGCUAUUUUAAUACGAACCUUCGAGUCCUACCGACAGCCAAGAGCACGUCUGAAAAAGUCAGCGAUCUCGUGAAGCAGAAAACAUUAUUAGAGACGGUUCUCACGCCCGAUGGAGUAUCCGCUCAAGCGAUCAACGAAAAUGCAAGCUCAGUGAGCGAACUUGAUAUGGCACAACGUGACGAUACGUCGAUUAGAAAUUUAUCACACCCGGAAGACAUCGACGAUGUGAAACGAGUCGCUCGCAGUCAUGCCUCGGAACCGAAUGAAGAGCCUAAGGGAGGCAGAACAUCCAAAUCUUUAUCUUCGAGAGCGAAAAAAGGGAAUCAAAUGGAAGCCGAAGCUGCUUCUGUGAAACCCUUCAAAAGACCACCGAGGGUGUUGCCUGUAAGACAUCUUUCCAAGGAAGAGAACGACUCGAAUAAGUUUGCGAACUCGAGAGAGCGAGCCAUAAGUUUAUUCAACAAGUCCAAUGAGGCGAGAAGAAAACAAGUAUCUCUUCUUGCCAACAGGAACGAUUCGACUCUGACCAAAACGAAUUCGUCGAAAUCGAAUUCCACAACCUCGGAUGAAAUUGAAACUGGAAGCAGCUUGGAUGGGAAAGUGAAUUUAUUGAUCAAAGAAAAUGUUCCUAAAUUAGCCGAUGAAGGUCAUGAGGAUGUAGAAAAAGAAGGAAAUAAAAAUGUAUAAUCGAGUAAUGCAAGAUGGGUUUGAUCAAUUAUAAAACCAAGUCAUCGAUGGCUGUUGCACUAAAACGGAAGGACCAUGUUCUUUUUUUUUUAACACAUCGAAUGAAUAUUAAAAAUGGCCUAGCUCUUAUCCUCUCACCAUAUACGAUGUGUAGGAUGCAGAAAUUUAUUCCCUCUUUAACCUUCACCUUUAGAUGCUACAUAACGUUACGUUUCACAGUCUAGACAAGAAAAGGCGUGUAAACAACUCGGCAAAAAAGUGAUUAUGAUCUAUUAAUAAUCUGAAGGGAAGUUUGGCAAAGUAUUCUAUUAUGUAUACAUAUGUAUGUAUGUCUCUGAGAAUAAGUUACGUACAAUAGUACGUUUAGGAGCGAAAAUAAAUUAAUUACCAUCUAUAAAUAUUGUCCUCCUACAUUUUGUUAUAAAAUUAUAUGCAUUAAAAAAGCAGCGAACUACUUA